AUGUCUAAAAAAACAUGUCAACAAAAAGAUAAUAAAGAAGAAGUUGUUAAAGAAACUUCUUCUUAUAUUAGACAAAAGUCUUUUAAAUUAGCUUUUUCUAAUUCAGAUGAAUGUUUAGAAUUUAUGAAAAAUUUACUUUGUUAUUAUAAAGUAAUUGAAAAAGAAUAUGAUGAUAUUGAUAAAAUUAUUCCUUUUAAUCAAAAUCAU